UGUGAGGGGUGUCCUGUCCUCCGCGACAAGCCUCUGCGAUGACUGGGAGGGGCUGUUCUAAGGCGUGCACCCUCAGAGAGGGUCUCUGGAGGUCUGUGAGGGUCUGCGGGUGUCCCCGAGGGUAUGUAAGGGUCGGAGAGAGUACCUGGCGAGUAGAAGCCCCGCACCGCAUUGUCCUGCUGGUAACAGCUGUGGUGGGAAGGGAGGAUGAGGCUAGGAACGGACUCGCCAUUUUUGAGUCGACUCAAAAAUCGACUCAUUACACAUGAAGCUAAGAACGGACUCGCCAAGUCCAAGAGUGACACUUGUCGCUCCUCACGUCACCAUUGUUGCUGGCCGUCGACUCGGUUCGUCGCGUCUAGGGACUCGUCCCAGAAUCGUCCCUGACUCAAGCGUCUGGCGCUGCUGCUACCACUGCGACUGUUGCUAGGUCUCGAAGACCACGUAGCAGCAAACCGGUAAACCGGUCACCACCGGCGGUAAUGGGGUCUCUUUUCGGGCACUCCUUCGCGGGCACCGUCGCGCUGAUAUUCGCCUUCUGGAACCUCCGCAGCGCCAUUCGCGCGUAUCUCGCCGCGCCCUACGCCUACGUGGCGCGCCCGUGGCACCCGGCGCCGAUUCGCGGGCACUGGGUGCGGCUCGCGGUGUACGUCAUUAUCUUCGGCACGCUCUGCCAACUCUUGGAGGGGUUGUUCCUGGGGUUGCUGUCCGUGUUUAUGCAUCAGUUCGCUAUCGUUCAGUUCGAGCAUGCCUUGCUCUUUGGUGUCCUCGUUAUAAUGGGCCUCAUCUUCUACGUGCAUGACACAACCAGCCUCCUGCCGCUACCCCAGGGCGCGCUGCACAUCAUCUACGCCGUCGUCUUCUUCAGCGAGGCCACGCUCACAACCUUCCACUCCAUAUCCCACCAAGGCCUCGAGCCCCGCUACCACCUCUUCCAGGCGAUUGCUGCCUUCACCUGCUUCCUGCUCGCCCUCCUCCUGGCUGCAUUCCCCUACUCCUUCCUCCUCGACACCGUUUUCCACUCGGCGUUCCUCUUUCAGGGCUUCUGGCUCUGGACCAUGAGCCUGACCCUCUAUGGAGUGCUCCACUUACCGGGUUGUCGCAAUGUGGAUUAUAAGAAGGUUAUUUGUGAAACGGAGGCGCAGGAGCAUCUCGGCAUUGCCGUGGCCGGCAUUCAGUUUAUCUGUGUGCUCCUCUUUACGGCGCUUCUUGCUCUCACUCUCUACUCCAGGGCCGCUCGCAACGCUCCCCGCUCGUCCAUAGAAUUCAUUCUUGCGUCAACCCAGCCGCGUUUCUCCAAAGGCUCUGAUUGGGGAGGUAUUUUUGGAAAUGUCGAUGCGUGUAUUGCCACAAAUGGGGAGAAAGAGGUGCAGGGAGAAGGUGAAGGGGAAGCAGCUCCAGACACAGCACUGGUACCUGCAGCAGCAGCAGCAGCUGAAGCAGACAGUCCUGCAGCGCGCCUUGCACAUGCUGUUUUGACCGUGGAGAGUGAGAGUGCCAUGUUGCUUGGGUAAUGGGCUUCAACCCUUUUAGUUGCAUCUGUGACAGGGUUCAGUAGUGAAUGACCUGUAAGCCCAGCCAUAAAAGUUCUCAGUUCAC